CUUUUAGACCCAGAUCCAGAAAAAAGGUGAAGAUAGAGAGAGAAAAGAGAGCAGCGAGAAGGGAGGGAGAGCGAGAGAGAGAGAGGGAUUCGAUCUCCUCCCUUUCCUUCCUCCUCUCCUUCUUCUCCAUCGAUCCGAUCUCACGGACAAAUCUUGCUGCCCGGAGAAAAUCCUACAACCGAUCUCCUUUUCGCGCGAUUUCGUACCAGAGAUCAGAACCUCUCUCCACAAAUCCAAGGGUUUUCCCUUGUUUCCUCCCGAAUUUGUCGCUUCCGAUCGGGAUCUUGAUUUUUCCUGGAGAUUCAAGGUGGUUCGAGCGUUUGGUCGUCGGUACCUACUGGGAGAUCUAGGAUCUCCGUGUCCUGAAUCGUUGGCGCGUUCCGGUGGGGCGAAGGUUUCGGAGCGUUACCUGAUUUGAGUCGGAUGGCGGCGUCGAGGAGGCUGAGGGAUCUCCAAUCGCAGCAGAGCAACAAGGUCUGCGUCGAUUGCUCGCAGAAGAACCCCCAAUGGGCGUCGGUUUCGUACGGGAUCUUCAUGUGUCUCGAAUGCUCCGGCAAGCACCGCGGCCUCGGCGUCCACAUCAGCUUUGUGCGGUCUGUUACCAUGGACUCUUGGUCGGAGAUCCAGCUGCGGAAGAUGGAGGCUGGCGGCAACGACAAGCUCAACGCGUUCUUCGCGCAGUAUGGGAUCGCCAAGGAGACGGACAUCGUUGCCAAGUACAACUCGCGUGCCGCGUCGGUCUACCGUGACCGGAUCCAGGCUCUGGCAGACGGGAAGCCGUGGACGGAUCCGCCGGUGGUGAAGGAGGCCGGCAAGCCGCCGCUUGGGCAGAAUCCUGCUCGGGCUCGGCAGAACGGUGGGUGGGAUAGCUGGGACAAUGAGGACGGCAACAGAGGAUCGAUGGAUAUGAGGAGGAACCACUCGGUUGAUGAUUUCAGAGGUGGAGGGGCUAAAGGAGGCCCUGCUCGUUCGAGAUCCUCGGACGAUAUUUAUACGCGGGCGCAAUUGGAGGCAUCGGCUGCGAGCAAGGAGAGUUUCUUUGCGAGGAAGAUGGCGGAGAACGAGUCGAGACCGGAAGGUUUACCACCUUCACAGGGCGGCAAAUACGUUGGUUUCGGUUCGUCAGGAAGUGUGGCGCCUCAGCCGAGGAAUAAUCCUCAGGGCGAUGUCCUGCGGGAUACUGUUUCUGUAGUUUCUCAGGGCAUUGGUCGGCUAUCAUUGGUUGCUGCUUCUGCUGCCCAGUCUGCCGCAACUGUAAUUCAAGCAGGCACAAAGGAGAUAUCUUCAAAGGUAAGAGAAGGUAGCUAUGACCAAAAGGUUAAUGAAACAGUGAACGUUGUUACAUCUAAAACGACUGAAAUUGGUCAGAGAACCUGGGGCCUCAUGAAGGGUGUCAUGGCAAUGGCAUCUCAGAAAGUUGAAGAGUAUACCAAAGAAAGCGGGAUGAACUGGAAGUCAGACAGUUGGCAUUCGAAUGGCGACGGUAUGAAUGGUGCAGGAAAUGCUGGCUACUAUCAACAAUUUGGCCAUGAGAACAAAGGGACAAGAAAUUCUGGGGGACAUACGGGUAAUCAUUCCAGCUCGUCAUUUGACUCUUGGGAUGACUGGGGCAAAAAGGCACCGGCAAAGGAAGAUUCCUCAAAGAGUAAGCAAGGUGGGGAUGGCUGGGCUGGGUGGGAUGAUGUGAAAGAUGUGGAUGAUGACUUUUACGGUGGAUCAACGAGGAGGGGUUCUGGCAUGAACGGAAAGUCAUCUGAAUCGUCAUGGACAGGUGGUGGCUUCCAUUAGGCCUCUCAAAAACAGCGUUAGGUAUUUGAUCAAUUAAGGUAAGUCCUUUAGUUUCUUAUUAUUCUUAUUUCCUAUAUUUUCAAGUAUAUAUUCAAUCUAUGCUGUGGUGAGAAUCCGAAUGACUAAUGUAAUACGACAUUGUAAUCAUAUUGUUCAUUUGUUUGAAUAGUGUGGAUUUCCAGUCA